GAGGGUGAGAGGGAAAUAUAUUUGGUAUCUGAGAGAGAGAGAGAGAGAGAGAGAGAGGUGACGUGCUCUCCCCUCCCCUCACCUCCCCUUUUUUCUCUCAGUCUAUUCUUUCUGUCACUCGUAGAGGUUGAGCAACACUAACUGGCUGCUAUAUUAGCAGGGGACAAAGGGAGAAACAGGGGAGCCAACACUGCUGUAAAGACCUGCUUUACUAGAUCACUGGACUGCUGCAAAGAUCUGCGAUACUAGAUCACUGGACUGCUGUAAAGAUCUGCUAUACUAGAUCACUGGACUGCUGUAAAGACCUGCUAUACUAGAUCACUGGACUGCUGUAAAGAUCUGCGAUACUAGAUCACUGGACUGCUGUAAAGACCUGCUAUACUAGAUCACUGGACUGCUGUAAAGACCUGCUAUACUAGAUCACUGGACUGCUGUAAAGACCUGCUAUACUAGAUCACUGGACUGCUGUAAAGAUCUGCUAUACUAGAUCACUGGACUGCUGUAAAGAUCUGCUAUACUAGAUCACUGGACUGCUGUAAAGACCUGCUAUACUAGAUCACUGGACUGCUGUAAAGAUCUGCGAUACUAGAUCACUGGACUGCUGUAAAGACCUGCUAUACUAGAUCACUGGACUGCUGCAAAGGCCUGCUACAUUAUACAAUAUCACUGGACUGCUGUAAAGAUCUGCUAUACUAGAUCAAUGUAAAUACCUGCUAUACAACCCUGGCUGUACUUUAGCUCUCUGUGCGAUCCAUAUCUGUUACUCAGGGCCACAUUCAGUAGCCACCAAAUGAGAGAAAAUGUUGUGAAUGGAAAGAGGUUCUAGCUGACCUGAAAAACUUGACCUUGUAGAGUUCUAGACCUGGACAUUCUGGAGUUCUAGACCUGGACAUUCUGGAGUUCUAGACCUGGACAUUCUGGAGUUCUAGACCUGGACAUUCUGGAGUUCUAGACCUGGACAUUCUGGAGUUCUAGACCUGGACAUUCUGGAGUUCUAGACCUGGACAUUCUGGAGUUCUAGACCUGGACAUUCUGGAGUUCUAGACCUGGACAUUCUGGAGUUCUAGACCUGGACAUUCUGGAGUUCUAGACCUGGACAUUGUAGAUUUCUAGACCUGGACAUUGUAGAUUUCUAGACCUGGACAUUGUAGAUUUCUAGACCUGGACAUUGUAGAUUUCUAGACCUGGACAUUGUAGAGUUCUAGACCUGGACAUUGUGGAGUUCUAGACCUGGUUCUAAACAUGGUAACAAUGGCCACUGACCAGGAUGUCGUCUCCUCCUGUGAGUGGGAGUGUGACAGGGUGUUGUACCUCCUGCCCUCCCUGCUGCUGUUCCUGCUCUACCUGGCUCUCCGCUGGCCCCCGGUACAGCGAAUGGCGAGGCUGGGGGUGAGGGCUGCCGCCUGGUGGCUGUGGGUGGCACUGUGCUGGGUCCUGGAGCUCCCCAUCCACCACCCUCACACAGAGCCAGGCUGGGGCAAGGAUAGGGCAGGAACACAGGAACAGGAGCAUGGAUCAUCCCCAGGCCUUGCCAUAGGACCGUCAACAGAGAAAAGCUGGGGUAGGGAGAGUGGAAUGGGCCUUGGCUUGGGAUCACAUCCAGCCCUCUCCCCAGCCCCAGGACCCACUCUAGCCUGUAAGCCCACAGCCCUGGCCCGGUUCCUGCUCCAGCACUGCUGUUCCCUGGCCAGACCCAGACUGGCCCCAUGGCCCAGGGGGGACCCCCACCUCCAGACCCUCUCAAGUUUUCUAUUGGGGGGCCUGACUGCAGGAGACCAGGGACAAGAGGUCAACUUUACCCGAGACCACCUUCUACUGAAGGACGGGGGGUUAGUGGCUCUGGACUGGGCUGUAGGCGGGGGAGAGGCAGUGGGAUGGGAGAGAGGGAAGGAGCACCAUCCUGGGGGGAAGGCAUUGGGCUGCCACACCUCCACACCUCCAAUCCUCCUCCUCAUCCCUCACUACUGGGGAGGAGUGACGCCCCACCUGAGAGGUCUGUGUAGAAUGGCUCUUCGUCAGGGUUUCUAUUCCCUCGUGUUUCACCGUAGGGGCACGGGGGGGUGCCCUCUCACCACGCCACGGCUGACUGAGUAUGGAGACUCUGUUGACCUGAUGCAGACAGUAGCAUAUGUGCGUAGCCGGCACCCGUCCUCUGUGCUGGUAGCGGUGAGCGAGGGUUCUGGUUCGGGCCUGCUGCUGUCCUACUUGGGAGAGUGUGGCUCCUCCUCUUACCUGACGGCUGCAGCCUGCAUCUCACCUGUCCUGCAGGGCCAACUGUGGUUUGACACGCCCCUGCCGCCACUCUACCGCUGGGCAGUGCUGAUCCAACGCAAACUGCAGCUCAGCAGGUAUGCCAGUGCCCUUAGUGGGGUGUUAGAUGUAGACAGGGCUCUCCACUGUUCCUCCCUCAGAGACUUUGAAGAGACCCUGUUCUGCUCUGCACUACGACCCAAUAUCCCCCACCACCCAACCAGUCACACACCGACCCCAGGGGCCAGAACCGCCAGCGGGACACCAACCACCAAACCAGGGACUACUGUACGCCCCCUGAACACCCCCCAUCUGACAGGACCCCACAACACCAAACUGGAGGCCAUGCCCGGUGCCAAAACAGUCUCCCCCACCCUUGCCUCCACUCCCAGGGUUCCAACCACCAGAGCAGGGGACACAGCACCCCACCAACACACCCCACACCACUCAAUAGGACCCCUCCUCCCUGGGACCUCCACACACAUCCCUGGGGCCCCAGCCUCCACCUCUGGAGCCAGAUCAGGUGCCAGAGAGGCCACUGCUCCCCCAGCCUCCCUUAGGGGAGCUGGGGUAGCAGGGGUAUCAGGGGUAGGUGGGGUGGCAUCCUGGGUGCUGGGGGAGCGGGGUCGUCCUGCCAGGGACUGGGAGAGUUACUGGGAGAGGAACGAACCUCUGAGGGACGCAGACGAGGUGGCGGUUCCCGUGCUCUGCCUCUGUAGCCGUGACGACCCCCUCCUGCCGCCCCCCUCCACCCUGCCCCUCGCCCUUUUCCAAAACAACCCUUAUUUCUUGCUGGCGCUCACGGAGACGGGUGGACACUGUGGGUUUGGACUGGAGGAGGGAGGACAGGGGGAGGGAGAGGUGGGAGGUAACUGGAGUAGCGUGUCUGUGUUGGAGUACUUCAGGGUGGUGGCUGAAUUUCUGAAGGGGGAGGAGAGGAAGGGGAUGAGAUAUGGCUGA